CACUGUCUGACGACUUGAAAUAAGUUUAGUGGUUUUGGUAUUAACUGAAAGUAGAUUUAGAAAGAUAGGUUUAAUUAAUUUGUUUCUUUGUUUUGGGUAAUAUCAUGGUAUCAGUUGAUAAUGGACAGUCAAGAAAUAGACAUUCUGGAAGACUCUUUCCGUUACUACGCUGAUAGAGAUGUUCCUUCUAACCAGAUAUUAUAAGCAGCGUCGAGAAGAAACUGAACGAAACAAUUGGGAGAAUUAUGAUAACAACACCGUGGAACAAAUCAUGAAAAAACGAGCUGUACAAAGAGAACUUGCAGAAAAACGCCGCCAAGCGGCAACUUGCGGAACGCUUAUAUAUAUUUUUGUGAGCGGUUCUUCGCUGGUGCUCCUUGGAGUAGGUUUGACUUGCACCGGCGUUUUCGCCACACAGUUUGAAAAUAAAAAAAUGCCGUGGCUGGUGACGGGACCAACAUUUAUUGUGGUAGGUGUUUUAGUGCUUUUGUUGUCCGUUGAAAUAAUUUUCAAACGACGAAAAGUAGGAAGCACAUCAGAUGAUUCGGAUUCGGAUGUCGAAGACUCGAAGUAUAGACACAAGCGAAAGCCAGCAAGAGGAUGGAUAGGACAGGAACAUAGUUCUAUAAAUGAUAAAAAGGUGGCGCCAGCUCCGAUGGAUCAAGACAGCAAAUUGCAGUUUCAGCAAAAGUGUGUUCCAUCCCUUGUUCUGAGUCCAACCCUUUUGGAACAAGCUUCGAAACCAUAAAAUCAGUGUGUGGUUUUAAGGAAAUCGUAAUUACAAAGUAAAUACAUGUAUCAUCGGUGUAGUUAUAAAAACACCAAAACGUUGUUGUGUUCCUUUCUUUUUCGUCAUAAAAACGUCAGAGUGAUGUUUUUUUUUAAGGUAAA